AUGAGUGCAACAUCGAAAUUUCUGAGUGUGCAUGAUGCUGCACAGUAUGUGAACGAUGAGCUACACCGCCGGUCGCUUUUGCCGGCGUCUCGCAAGCUUCAGUUUCAAACUAUUGAUGAAUCGGCGUUGAAACCGCACUUGACCCGCAUCAACAACGAUAAACUGACCAUAAACACUAUCCACAAACUACUGAAAAGAAUAGAUGAGCUGGAAUCACUCACUGUGCCGGUAGAAAGUCCUGAAGACUCUUUUUCGACGUUAAAGAUCCCAACCGGAAAUCAAGCCAAACCAGCUCCAGAGAAACGGAUUUCCAAGCUUUUGUCCCAGCAACGUCAUCAACAGGUCUGUGCUCGCCGCACAGAGGUUAUGUUGGAGCAACUAAGAGCAAGGUUGAAGCAGGACGGCCCUGAUUUGACUUGGUCGACCCGGCCCAUACCAGAGGUCAAGGAUGGGAUGCCCUUGGACGAAAACAGUGAUGUUGUCACCCAGCAACUGCGAAGUCUGGCAGGACAUAAGGCGACAUCAUCUGCUGCUUUAGAGCAAUUGGCCGGAUUUUUGCAUGAUUGUAAUGGAUACUUGUACACCAAGUGCGUGCACCAUCACGAGUGUCAGAUUCCGGACAAAAUUGAGCUGACGUCUGUUGUGGAGGCCUCGGUCGAUUUGGAGCUGCAAACAUCUAUUGGGAAGCUUCAGGAACUCAUGAAUGAUUGGUACGAUAUCGCAGAGCUGCUGGGAGGAGGCGAUACGGAGCGGUGA